CUGUGAUUGGUCACAACCUGUCACAUGGUACAAGGGUGUUGUGAAUAGCCUUGUACCAUGUGACCUCCGUGAUCAUUCACAGAUUUCACAUGUAGUAAGCAAUGAUGUCAGGAAGUGACAUCUUGCUUACUACUAUUCAUGUGAUCACUGAUUGGCCAAUCAUGACCAAGACCUCACAUGAUCAAGACCUUACCACAGCGGUUCUGUACAGUGAUCUGUGUUCCCAGCUAUUGGGGUUCACAGUGGGCACCAGUUCAUGGUGUUGCACACUCCCAGGGAGUGCGCACAGCCUGUAAAUGUGGACUCCGUUUAUGAACAGCCACCCGCUCCUGCACCGCUCUGGUGCGGCCGUUUAUGUACAAGGGUCAGAUGGGAAGUGGUUAA